AUGGCAGUCACCGACGGAGCGCCCCCCCACCUCUCCGAGCCCGCGGCCGCCGCCUCCAGGCCGGCCUCCGGGCCCCGCGCGGCCCCGGCCAGGCGGCAAGCACAGGCCACCAAAAGGAAGCGCCAGCCGUCCAGUGAGGCUGCCCCAGCCAAACGGAGAAAUGAGACAUCCUCUCUACCAGCCAAGAAAACCGCCGCUAAGGAAACGCAGAGGGCUUUCAAGGGGAAGGCACAGAAGGUGUUUUCUCGGAAGAAGACUUCAGCUAGUGCGAGUGAGAGAAACCAAGAGCAGAAGGCGUGCGUUAAGACUUCAUCAUUGUUUAAAAACAACCCUGAAAUUCCAGAGCUCCACAGACCUGUAGUCAAGCAGGUGCAAGAAAAGGUGUUUUCUUCAGAUGCUUUUCAUGAGCUGGACCUCCACCCACAUUUAAUUUCUACAAUAAAUACAGUCUUAAACAUAUCUAAUAUGACCAGUGUCCAGAAGCAAAGCAUUCCUGUGUUGCUGGAAGGCAGAGAUGCUCUCGUGAGAUCCCAGACGGGCUCAGGUAAAACUCUUGCCUAUUGCAUCCCUGUGGUCCAGUCCCUUCAAGCAAUGAAAACAAAAAUACAGCGCGGUGACGGCCCCUACGCUCUGGUGCUGGUGCCGACGAGAGAGCUGGCGUUACAAAGCUUUGACACUUUCCAGAAACUGCUCAAGCCAUUUACCUGGAUUGUGCCUGGAGUGUUAAUGGGAGGAGAGAAGAGAAAAUCAGAAAAAGCCAGGCUCCGCAAAGGAAUCAAUAUCCUCAUCUCCACUCCUGGACGUCUGGUGGAUCAUAUAAAAUCCACCAAGAACAUUCAUUUUAAUCGGAUACGGUGGCUGGUUCUGGAUGAAGCCGACAGAAUCUUGGAUCUGGGUUUUGAAAAGACGAUCACAGUGAUACUCAAUGCUAUUAAUGCCGAGUCUCAGGAACGACAGAAUGUCUUGCUGUCGGCGACUCUCACGGAAGGUGUAACACGGCUUGCUGACAUCAGUUUACACAACCCAGUCAGUAUUUCUGUCCCGGAUGAAAGCCUAUGUCAGUUUGACCUAGAGGACAGAGACAUUUUUGAAGACUGUGAUCUACAAACUAGCGAAGAGCUGGACGGCUUUGCAAUUCCGGAGGGUCUGGAGCAGUACGUGGCUUUGGUUCCCAGCAAACUGAGGCUGGUCUCCCUGGCGGCCUUCCUCCUGCAGAAGUGCCAGUUUGAAACUGACCAGAAGGUGAUCGUCUUUUUCUCAAGUUGUGAGCUGGUGGAGUUCCACUACCACCUCUUCCUCCAGACCUUGCUGAGCGGCUCAGGGGCCCCAGCGCCAGGGCAGCCACCAUCUGCCUGCACGCUUUUGAGAUUCCUGCGGCUGCAUGGCAACAUGGACCAGGAGGAAAGGACAGCAGUGUUCCAGGAGUUCUCACGAGCCAGAACGGGCGUCCUCUUCUGCACGGAUGUUGCAGCUCGGGGCUUAGAUCUCCCUCAAGUCACAUGGAUUGUUCAGUACAACGCUCCGUCUUCACCCGCGGAAUACAUCCACCGGAUCGGGAGAACCGCCCGCAUUGGCUGCCACGGGAGCAGCCUGCUCGUCUUGGCUCCUUCGGAGGCAGAAUAUGUCAACUCGCUGGCUUCUCACAAAAUCAACGUUUCUGAGAUUAAGAUGGAAGAUAUUUUGUCUGUUCUGACAAGGGAUGAUUGUUUUAAAGGGAAUCAAUGGGGAAGCCAGAAAUCCCAGGCUGUUGGCCCCCAGGAAAUCCGAGAGCGAGCCACGGUCUUGCAGACAGUGUUUGAAGAUUACGUGCACUCCAGUGAGGGGACGGUCUCCUGGGCCAAGAGAGCCCUGCAGUCCUUCAUCCGGGCCUAUGCCACCUACCCUCGGGAGCUGAAACACAUCUUUCACAUCCGGCUGCUGCACCUCGGCCAUGUGGCUAAGAGCUUCGGGCUGAGAGACGCCCCCAAAAACCUUAGCGUCUCGACUGUGAAGAAGAGGAAAGCGAGCGUGAAGAGGCCUGACCUUCGGAAGAAGACCCCGAGGAGACGCCUGGCGGAGAUGCUGCAGUCGGAAUACUCCAGUGGGCUGGAGGCUGGCGUCGCCAAGGUCAAGAAGCUGAAGAAGCCUGGGGCGCCCGGCGGCCAGCCACACAGCGCCGUCUGAGGCCGCCCGCGGCCGGGGGAAAGGAGAGUGCUCCCGCAAGACAGAAGGAACCAGAAAGGCUCACGAGGGACAGGACUUCCCAGAAAGUGUUUCUACACCGACACCACGGGACUGGGCCCACGUCCUGUGUGCGCCUUUCCCUGAAGACGGUCCUGAGAUUCGCACAGCCCUGCUCUCGGGGGGCGUCGGGGGGCGGGAGCCGCGGUGUAGAGUAGCCUGUACCUCGUAGCCUCUUACGCUUCUGUUGUUCUUCGGGGCCCACACUUGUCCUCACAGACCACGGCGCC